UUAAGGUCCGGCCUUGAAUUCUGUCUCAGUGUCUCUUUAAGGCUCAGAUUUCCUGAGGAAACCGCGCCUCAUGCUCCCGUAUCCGAUCAGAAUCCGGGUCCAGCACUCAGACACGGAGGCCUGCAGACAGCUGUUGUUCAUCAGGAGCUCCAAACAAAAAUGUCCAUCCCGACUCACCGCCAGUGCAAAGUGGAGAUUCAGAACAAGACGUCCAGCUUGACGCUGUGCGAUCCGCUAGUUUAUCUCUUCAGUGGAAACUGUGACUGCCCUCUGCCUCCGACUCUCCGUCCGUCUGAAUCCGGCACGGCGCUCUUCAUCAAGAAGCCCCACGCUGCCUGCGGCUCGGUGGCCGUCUUCACAUACGACAUCCUGCAGGAGUCGACCAAGCAGAGCCGCGGCCAGCUGGCCGUCAUGUUCUCCGUCCCCUACGACUUCAACGUCUACUCCAACUGGUACGCUGUGGGGGCCUUCAGCAAGGACAAACUCUGCGACGAGGCGCUCUACAAGGAGAUGUACUACGCUUCGCAGCGCGGUUUUGUCCGAGGGAAAGCCAAAGGGCCCAGUCUGACCCACAGAGCCGGCCAUGUGACCGUCAGGGCCAGCAUGUCCGACAGCUACCAACCCGUCCUGAAGGUGGAGCUCUGCGACAACUGAGACCGGCUGCUUCCUUCUGUCCAGUUUAUCCAGUUUACCCUGGAUGAGCAACACUGGAAUCCAGUUAACCUGUUUCCAUUUAACCAGUGACGGCUUCUUCUUCUUCUUCUUCUUCUUCUUCUUUCUCAAUAAAUCAUUAUAAACUGCAUCUAUACCAGGCAUCCUGUGAUUCCCAGCUUAAACAAAGUAAACCAGUUACCCUACAAGAUAUCCGUCCACUCUUCCCAGUUCAACAGGUUAACAUUGUAUAAACUUAAUUGGAGUUUGACCCAGUAUCGCCACAUCAACCCUGAUAUUCUCUGUUCAGUGAUGAGUCGUCUACAAAAUCUGGAAAUUCAGCAUUUCUAAAUUGGGUAGAAAAACUCUGAAUGUUCCUCUGAAUCUUUAAAACAACAAAGAAUCUCCAACUGAUCCAGCAGCCAAGUGAAAACACUCCUAAAAACUCAAAACUGCUAUAAGAGAGACUUGGAAAAAGUUCCUGCUGAUUUGAACAUCAGCUAAAAUGUGGAUGGAGUUUAAUUAUCCAGUUAUCCAGUUUUAAAUGCUUCCAGUCGUCCCAGUUGAAAAGGUUAGCAUGGUAUAACCUUAAUCUGAGUUUAAUCCAGUGUCGCCACAUCAACCCUGAUAAAUUUGGCAAUUCAAGAUUUCUGAACUGGAGAAAAAGACUUUUAGUUCCUUUGAAUCUUUAAAACAACAAAGAAUCUCCAACUGAUCCAGCAGCCAAGUGAAAACAUUCCUAAAAACUCAAAACUGAUUACGCUCACUCUUUUAAAUAUUUUAACUUUGUUGAACUUGUGAAAAUACUCUUAUUACACCAGUCACAAUGUAUCACUCGUUUACUCUGUUUCUCUCCAUCACUGUUUUAGUCUUACUUCGUUUCAUUAGGAACAUUGUCACUUUGUUCUGUUUUUUUUUACACUCUAACACUCUUUAAUAUUCUCAUUUCUCACACCUGUUACACUUUAUCACUGUUUUCCAUUGUCUUGUUCACUCUCACAUUAUAUAACAUUCUCACUCUCAUGAAAGAAUGGGGGGGUGGAGGUGACAGUUUCAGGACGCAGCCAAUAUAUAAUUAAAAUCAUGAUUAAAAAUUUGAAUAAUCCCUUUAAAUUUCAGGUUUUGUUGAGGUCAUUUAAUUUUUGCCAUGCUUUUUUGUUCUCUGGAGGAAAAAACUUAAUUUGAGAACCUGGUAAGGAUACAAGAAGACAAAUUUGAGCAUGUGGUUGUUUCACUUCAGUCCCAUAUUUGACAUGAUUUCAGAUCAAUUAACUCAAUAUUUUACUACACCGACUUUCAUAUCUCUUCUGUUUAUCUCACAGCUUUUUGGUUAAAAAAAUAGGUAAAUAAAAAAUGCAAACCAUU